AUGCACAGGUGGGCUCCAUGCACAGGUGGGCUCCAUCCACAGGUGGGCUGCAUCCACAGCAUGCUGGAGAAGUUUGGGGCGUUCAGCGAGUCGCUGGUGCGGGUGUACACGAGGCAGCUGCUACUGGGGCUGGAGUACCUGCAUGCGUGCCGCAUCGUGCACCGCGACAUCAAGGGCGGCAACGUGCUCGUCGACCGCGACGGCGUCAUCAAGCUCGCCGACUUCGGCGCCUCCAAGGUGUGCGGCAUGGAGGUGUGCGGCAUGGAGGUGUGCGGUGUGGAGGUGUGCGGCAUGGAGGUGUGCGGUGUGGAGGUGUGCGGCAUGGAGGUGUGCGGUAUGGAGGUGUGCGGCAUGGAGGUGUGCGGUAUGGAGGUGUGCGGCAUGGAGGUGUGCGGUGUGGAGAGUUUCCAUGAGGGCACAGUGGGCGAGGGGUGCAAGAGCAUCCGCGGGUCCGUGUUCUGGAUGGCGCCCGAGGUCAUCAAGGGCGAGGGGUACGGCCGCCGCGCUGACAUCUGGAGCGUUGGCUGCACUGUCAUCGAGAUGCUGACCGGGCGAGCCCCACGCUCCCGUCUCCCUUCCCGCCUCGCUACAGCCAUUCCUUGUCGUUUUCUUGCCACAUUCUGCCUCCCUUGCGCUUGUUUCGUGCUCACACUGACCUCCUGCUGGCAUGUUGGCGUGGGGCGUGGAGGGGGCGGCAGGCACCCAUGGCCGGGGAUGGACAACACGUGGUCGGCCAUAUUCCACAUCGCCAAGACCACCACGGGCCCGCCCAUCCCUGAGGGCGUGUCCGCCGAGGCCAGUGACUUCCUCACCGCCUGCUUCCAGCUCGACCCCAACCAGCGCCCCUCCGCCUCCGAUCUGCUCACGCUGCCAUUUGUGCAGGUGCCCGACACGCCCAGGGAUGCCCGCUUCGCAGCCUUGGUCGCCCCCUAG